AUGGGGAGACUCGCCCUUUAUCGCAGGUUUAUUGACGACAUCCUUAUUAUCUGGAAGGGUGGUUGGGAUGAAGUAGAAGAUUUUAUGGCACAUAUUAAUGACAACCAAUGGGGUCUUUCUUUCACCUAUAAGAAACACAAAUCCAUCAUAGAGUUCUUGGAUCUUACCCUUAUUGGAACUACAAGUUCGAUUGUCACCAAAACCUUUCAAAAAAGUGUGGAUGUCAAUGGCUAUCUACAUGCCAUGAGUGGGCACCAUCCCACAUGGAUACAAAAUAUACCUUUGGGACAAUUUACCAGGAUCAGGCGUAACUGCUCCUAUGUGAGUGAUUACGAGAGAGAGUCACUGGUUUUGUCCCGACGUUUUGUAGAGAAAUCUUAUCCAUUGAACAAUAUUUUACAAGCCUAUUUAAAGGGCCAUAAUUAUGGUAUGGUAUCAAGUUCUGGUGUUCAGAAUGGGAUGGUUUCUGGGGUAAAUUCUCCUUUACCAUUCCUAUGUCCAGAACAAGAUCAUACAAAAGAACAUUUUAAGAUCCUUGAACUUUUGAAUUCUAGUAUUUUUUCAAAUAAAGCUAAAAGAGCGAAAUUUAACAUCAGCACCAUAAAG